AUGUCUGACCCGAGAGCAAAGGGAGGCAAGGGCGGCAACGCCAAGGUGGAGCCCAAGAAGCAGGUCACGCAGUCCGCGCGUGCCGGUCUCCAGAUCUCCUUCCGCCUGUCUGGAUCCUGCGUCAUGCCAUCCAUCCACCCAGCAUCGACGCGUCGAAGCGGCGCAUCCUGCCUGGGCGACGCGUCGUUGGUCCAAGCGAGUCCGCUGGAGCCCGUUGCGCGAGCUCGUGGUCGCUCUGACGCGUCCAAGUCCACACAGGAACGUCGGCGGCCAAGCAAGUCGGAUACCAGCGACUCAGUGUUCAUGCACGGCUGUUGUCACCUCGUGGCUCGGAUCGACGCAGGCCGAUCGACUUGGGAUGGCAUCUGUGACGUGAGGCUAUCAGCAGAGCGGAACGGUGUCGAUGGUGACAAGGCGUUCAGCACUCGUCCAGACGACGCAGAGCUCGAGGCGGCUCGAGGAUUCGGACUGGUCCGACUGGCCGCAGUUGUGUUUGGCGUCCUGCAAAGACUGGGCAAUGCUGACUUUAUCCAUCUUACCAACAUUCCUGCACGUCUCCGCACCCCCUGUCUUGAUCGAAUGCAGUUCCCUGUCGGUCGAAUCCACCGUCACCUCAAGAACCGCACGCAGAACCACAUCCGCAUCGGUUCCAAGGCCGCCGUCUAUACCUCGGCGAUCCUGGAGUACCUCACCGCCGAGGUGCUCGAACUUGCAGGCAAUGCAUCGAAGGACCUGCGCGUGAAGCGCAUCACGCCGCGACACUUGCAGCUGGCGAUUCGAGGAGACGAGGAGCUCGACUCGCUGGUGCGCGCCACGAUCGCCGGAGGCGGUGUUCUGCCGCACAUUCACAAGACGCUCAUCAAGGCGCCAAGCAAAAAGAAGGCCUCGGCAGCGGAGUAG